UUCCUGUUAAGUGGUUAGUGACUGCUACAGUUAACUUCAUUUAAAUUACAGUCUGAGCAAUACACAGCACACUCCUCACCAGCGCUCUUUGUCCAAGGACUUCAAAGAUGUUCUGCAUCUCUUUAUUUUUGCUUUUCUUUUUCAAUGCAACUCUGAGCAUAAAAAUCUGCUCCUUCAAUGUGAGGUCUUUCGGAGAAGCAAAAAGGGCCAGACCUGAAGUCUUAGAUGUCAUUGUAAAGGUUAUUUCUCACUGUGACAUCAUGCUACUGAUGGAAAUAAAGGACAACAGCAACAAGAUAUGCCCCCUUUUAAUAGAAAAACUCAAUGGUCAGUACCAAGAAGAAUAUGACUACGUGAUCAGUACAAGGUUAGGAAGAAAGUCCUAUAAGGAACAAUAUGCUUUUAUCUAUAGGUAA